AUGCAGAGGCCCUGCGCCGUCAACGGACGCAUGUCGGCGCACACAGCUCGCCGCUGCGCCGCUCUCCACGGCGCGCGGCGGCACCAGCUCCGCGCGCUCGCGUCCGCCGCGCCCGCCGGCGCCAGCGCGGCCCCCGAGGCGGGGCCGCCGCCCAAGGCCGCGUCCAACGCACGGGGGCGCCGCGCGGCCGCCGCCCGGUGGCUGGUCCUGGAGGAGCGCGGGGUGGCGUUCACCCCGGGCGGCGCCUUUUACAGAGGAGAGUCGGCGCAGGUGACCCCGAAUUCGGCAGCAGCGGGGGCAGGCGGCGAGGGCGGGGCACUCAUUCUGCUGCGCCAGGCGGAGCGCCGUCCCCCGUCAAU